AUGGGUUUCUCUCUGUUACCAAAAGCAACUUCUUGCAUUUUGUUUUUGGUUCUGCUAUCUUCUACUUGCUUCACUUCAACAGAUGCUUAUGAUCCGCUUGACCCCAAUGGGAAUAUCACAAUCAAAUGGGAUGUUGUAUCCUGGACCCCUGAUGGAUAUAUAGCUGUUGUUACAAUGAACAACUUCCAAAGAUAUCGUCAUAUUACUUCACCUGGCUGGUCACUAGAAUGGACAUGGGCAAAAAAGGAGAUAAUAUGGAGCAUGAUGGGAGGGCAGACCACCGAACAAGGGGAUUGUUCAAAAUUUAAGGGAGGUAUUCCACAUUCUUGUAAGAAAACUCCAACAGUUGUAGAUUUGCUUCCUGGAACACCUUACAAUCAGCAAAUUGCAAAUUGUUGCAAAGGUGGGGUGCUCAGUUCAUGGGUGCAGGAUCCGAACAAUGCAGUUGCAUCAUUUCAAGUUAGUGUUGGUGGAGCUGGAACCACAAACAGAACCGUCCAAGUCCCAACAAAUUUCACCUUGAAAGCACCAGGGCCAGGUUAUACUUGUGGACGAGCUAAGAUUAUCAGACCCACAAUAUUCAUGAGUCUAGACAAAAGGAGAGUGACCCAAGCACUGAUGACAUGGCAGGUGGUAUGCACAUACUCUCAAUUUCUAGCUCAGAAAUAUCCCACUUGCUGCCUCUCACUUUCAUCUUUCCAUAAUAAUACUAUUGUGCCUUGCCCAACAUGUUCAUGUGGCUGCCAAAGUAGUUCAUCUCAGUCAGGGCACUGUGCAAAGCCAGGUACACUAAAUUUGGCCUCAGUUGUUUCUGGCUUUGGGAAGAACAAAGUUUCGCCUACGAUUCAAUGUACUAAUCACAUGUGUCCAAUUCGAGUCCACUGGCAUGUUAAGCUUGACUCCGAAAAGUAUUGGCAUGUGAAGGUUACUAUUACUAAUUUUAAUUCCAGGAUGAAUUAUUCUGACUGGAACCUAGGUAUUCAACACCCGAACUUUGACCAUCGGACCCAAGUGUUCGGUUUCAGCUACAAGCUAAUGACUCCUUAUGAUUCAAUAAAUGAUACAGCACUGUUGUGGGGAAUGAAGUCCCAACAUGAUCAUUUUCUCAACCUAGCUGGUCCUAAUGGCAAGGUUCAAGGAGAUAUACUCUUCCGAAAGGAUAAAGCAACUUUUAGCUUUGAUAAGGGUUGGGCUUUUCCUCGAAGGAUCUUCUUCAAUGGUGACAUGUGUGUGAUGCCACCACCUAGUGCUUAUCAUUUAUAG